UGGCGAAGCAUAUUGGAGGAAGAAAGGUGUUUCAUAUUGUUAAAAAGGUUUUUGUUAAUACACCCAAGGUUAGACGGCGUCGCCCUGUCUUUGAUACAGCACAUAGGAAUAUCUAAGUAGGUAUUUAUGGUUGUCGUUGAAAAAGGGGUGUAAAAAAUUACAUAAAGUAAAGCGCUGAAAAUGUGACACAAAUAAUAUUUUAGUUCAUAUUUGGCCGCUCGCUCCGAACCCUAGAAAGGCAACCGGGGCGGGAACCCGGCUUUUUACCACUCGUGUAGUGUCGUAUAACAAAGAUUGAUAUAGGUUUGGCAAAGGAUUUUACCCGCUUGUUCUUUUUGAAAAUCUAUUUAAAACGUUUGUUAUUUUUUUAUAUUGCACAGCGUUCGUUAUAUUUUAACUCAGUACCUAACUUACCUAUACAUUAUUUUUAUUCUAGCUACCUACUACACCAUGAAUUGUAAUCCAUGCUUUGUCGCUGUUACAUACUUACCAAUAAAUACAAAUUAUAUUUGUAGUUUUCUAGUUCCAGGAAUUAGGUGACCAUGUUUGGCAGAAUUUACGACUAUAGGUACGUUAGAAUAUGUAUUCCAUCGAUUGGUCAGGGGCGGCGUGGCUUACCGUCCGAUCAUUAACCCAGUUGUGUGGCGCUCCGCGGCGCGGGCGGGCACGCGACCCGCCGUCGUCACCACUUCAUUCGCACACCAUGCAACUGCCCGAGCCACCGCCGCCUCCUCUGGCACCCUUGUGGGACCGCGUGCUUAGAGCUCAAGCUCUACCUCCUGAUCUUGAUGUCCAGCUUCUCUACAUCGCUAUCCGAGAUCGACUAACUCAUCCUGAGUGGGAAGUAAGGCUCCACGCGUUAAGAGUACUCGCAGAUCUUCUACCUCUCUCUGGCAAUGCUCUUGCGUUUCCCUUCGACCAGGUGGUGGAUAAUCUUGGUCACAACUCUCCAAACGUCCGCAAAGCCGCGCUCGACGCUCUUAAAGUUUUCUGCACACAUUGUGAAGAUUCAGAAUGCGCUGCACGAGCUAUCUUAGACAAAUGCGCGUAUCAGAACAUACGGCCGCAUUCCGCAAACAUAGACACAAAAGUUAACGUUAUAACUGGACUGAUUUUAUCCAUACCUUCUGUGAUGAACAUACUAAAAAAGAGACACCCGGCUUUGGAUGUUUUUCCAAUGUUUCAAAUAUUAGGUGACAAAUUGUUCGACCCAAUACACAGGGAUGUUGCACAACGAGCACUAUUGAAACUUAGAAGAGUUUGCGGACCUCGAGACUAUAUGAUAUCGCUGUCCAGGCUGGAUUUGAAAGUGCAAGAUAAGUUUCGUCAGCUGUGCGAGACGUACGACGAAGACUCUAUGGAUGUUUAUUACGCGCCUCGAAAAGCCUACAGAGAUAGUAACAACCAAACCCUUGUAAAAAUAAACCACGUUUUCAAUGCACCUCUUAAUAAUGCUAUAAGACUGUCCACUGAUUCAUCUUCUGAAGAAUCAUUUAGCCACAUGCCAUUUUAUAAUAGCAAUUAUGCAAAAGUAAUAAUAGAAACGGAAAUUAAAUUCGAUUCGGACACUGCCAUAACUAUGACUGUAUUAGAAGAGAAUGAAACUGAAUCGGAGAAGAAUACAGGUAGUGAGGAAGACUGUGAUAGUUCUGAUAGAAAUAUGUUGAAAUAUAGUGACGGUGACGGGGAUUCCGAAGACACCGAUGUUGUUGUUAAAAAAGUGCGAUUCGGUGGAGAAAGUGUGAAAAUAAGGACGCCGGAUAGCGAAAAUUUGUUAUCUAGUGAAGAUGAUCAUAAUCAAAACAAAAUAGUAGCCAUAAAGAAAGACAAUAUAGUAGAAGUGUCGACGCAAAUAACUCCAAUGAUUGUUACUAAAAUGAAUGAGAUUAGAAGAGAGGCGUUUGAACGAGAGUUGCAUUUGAAAACAUCAAAUAAAAAGAGUGGUAUACCACUGCCAGUUAUUCACAAUAAAGUGCAGAAGCGAGGCAUCGUGACUCAAUACAGUAAUGUGAAAUUAAAGUCGAAGUCCUUGAGUGAACUUUACGAUUAUUUUAGUACAAAGAACGACAAACAAGAAAAUUUAUACAGAGAGGGGUCAGGUUUUGCUUUGACGCUGAGUGAGGUGCGAUCUCCCGACAAAGUGCCUAGUCCAGUCGAGCCUCAUCGAGAAGUAGAAGUUCUUCACAAUCUUCAACGGAGUCCGACGGUUUCACCGCGCCGGCAUCAGACUCGAUUGCACCUGGAACGUGACGGCUUCGUGCUAAACCUCCUCGCCUCGUCUCCGGCACGGGAGGAAGACUUGCCGCCUCCCCGCGCGCCCUCCCCGCUGCGCACGCGCUACGACUGGGAGGAAUUGUCGGUGGCCCCACCGCAUGUGUUGGAACAACUGCACAAUACUGAGAACUGGAUAGCUGUAGUGAAAGCCGUCGACCAGCUGCACGGCGCGUUGCUGGAGCGGGCUACCGUGAGACGUGCCGAGCCCGCAGCCCUAUCCCUGGUGCAACACAUGUGGGCGCUCAGCGAGGCUGUAAACGCUGCUCGGGCGCCGGCUGAGGGCGCUGUGUGCGCUUUAGUCCGCAACAGCAGCAACGAUUGUCUUCGCCAACUCCUGCCCGCCCUGGUGUCCAGGAUGGCUCGGGAGCCACUCCCGGCGGCGCUGCCCCAAGCGCUGCUCCAGCGCCUGGCUUUGCAUCACCUCGUCGAUCUCGUUUUUGAUGGUGAUAUGAUCGGGGUGUCAGGUGACCCCGAGCUGGUGGAGGAAGCCCAGCUGCGUGCCACACUGUGUCUUUCGCGCGCAGCCGGACCCGCCGCUGUCCUGUCCGCAGUGCGCAGAAGGCUGGCAGGCUCCGCCGCCGCAGACUCUUUCUGCACCAAGUUGCGGGAAAAGUUGAGCAGACCAGUCGAAAAUAUAAAGUCAAAUUCUAUUGCCAGGAGUUCCCAGUUGCCGGUGGCGGUGCGGCGCCGCGCGCGUUCCACCCCACCGCCAGCCGCGCCCGCGCCCCCGCGACGUCUGCGCCCUCUACCGGACUCCGCACCAUUGCCUGGUGUUUCGCAAGUUGGUCGAGACUACCUACUGAAACCCUUGUCUCCAAUACCUCUAAGCGACAGAGACUCGAGCGCCUACACCAGCUUCGAGGACAAUGUCGAAAAGAAACAACCGUCUUCAGAGGGCGAGAGGAAAUCUAUCGAAAGUGUAAUCGUCGGUGCGACCCAGGUUGACAUUUCCACGGAAGAACUAGAUGAAACUCCUCUCCCGCCGCGCUCGCCUUCCAUCAAAGUCGAAGAUUAUUCCGAGAGAUCUCAUCGCUCUUCCUAUGUCGAGCCUCAAGUACACGACAAGACUCCUAGUCCGGACGUUUUUGGAUCACAGAAAUCCCUCGACCGAGUAUCCUUUACGAGUUCGAAGUCACGCACUUCGAGUCGAAAGUCACCAUCGAACAAUUCAAAGAGCAGAAGCGUAACAAAUAGUCCGACCAAAAGUAGAUAUCCUUCUCCUGACCCGACGAGCGAUAUCUAUGAUGACCAAUCCCUUCAGUGUAAUAGAGACGUACGGAACGCGCUCGCCGAAUGCAUCGUGCCACCGCGACACGAAGACUGGGAGGUGAUAGUGAACGCACUGAUCGAGACAGAGAGGCUGGCGAGCGACGCCGCGGCCCGGGCUCCGGCCGCCACCUGGCGCGCCGCCACCCGCGCGACCGCCGCCCACGUGCGCUCGCUGCGCUCCCGGGUCGCCAGGACCGCGUGUUCCACGUUAGGAGCACUAUUUGAGCAUCGAGGACGGGCGUUGGAUCCGGAGUUGGAGGAAGCGGCGACCGCGCUGUUGGACCGGUGCGCGGACGUGAACAGGUUUCUGAGAGCCGACGCGGCGGCGGCACUGGUGCGGCUGGCGUGCGGCAGCAGCAGCGCACGGGCCGCGGUGGCGCUGUGUCGGCGAGGCGCGGCGCACCGCGCGGGCCCGGUGCGCGCGGCGGCGGCGCAGGCGCUGGCGCGGCUGGUGCAGCACGCAGGCGCGGGCCGCGCGCUGGCGCUGGCGCCCGAGCCGCGCACGGUGCUGCUGCGCGCGGCGGGCGAGCUGCUCGCCGACGCGCACGCUGACGCGCGCGUGCACGCCCGACAUCUCUGUCUCUCUCUCGCCGCCGACUCCAGAUUCAGGCAGAUGCUCAAAGAAGCUAUGUUGCCCUCCCGAUAUCGAGCUAUCGAAAAAUUUGUAGACAAGCUACGAUGACGACAAUUUUGAUUAAUUAACCUUAUACUUGUAAGAUCAAAGUGAAAUUUAACAGGUCGAAUCAGAAUUUGUACAAGUAACGACACCAUAAUAUUAUAUUCUGCACGAUUUGUUUUUAUUUAUCAAAUUGUUACUUUGACUGAAUCGUGCGAUAGAUAUUUUUUUAACAAAAUUUGUUGUAAGUACUCACUACUUACACUAGAUUAGGUAAAUUAAAUAUUACAGGUAUCUCACACAAGUGUCUAAACCAGAAAUUUGUUAUCCUCCAGUGGAGUGAAAUUUAUUAAAUACAUGCCUACUUAUAUUAUACACUUAAUGUUAAUUAAGUAGGAUUUAUAAAUUUUUAUUAAUAAAUUAUAUACUUAGAACUUCAAAUGUAGGUUUUCCAUUUCCGUCUUGGAGUAAUAAAGAGAAAUACCUAUGUAAUUGCAUUUUAAAUUUUCCAGAAUAGAGCUGUAUAAUAAAUAAUGAUUGCACGACUUAAACAGUGUGUAGCUAGGUCUACGAAUUGUGUCUACGAGGCUACGAACGUAGCCUGUGGGAACUAGCACGGCACGUUACUUAGCGCAACC